AUGAUAUACCAAUGGCACGUAAGAACGAAAGAGAAUAUUGCAAGGGUCAGGAAAGAUGAGGCUGAAGCGGCUGAAAAAGAAAGGCAGGAAAAAUUAAGGAUUGAAGUUGCUGAUAGGGAAGCGCGUCUCAAACUAUUGAAGCAAAAGUCCAAACAGAGGUUACAAGAACUUGAUACCAUAGUUUCUCAGCAAACAUUAAGCGCUGUCAAACCAGAGCAUAUUAACUUGUUUGCAGACCUAGAACAUGCUGUAACUACCACAAAUAAAGACCAUGACUUAGAAGAGAAAAAGAAGAAAGAAGAAUAUGAAAAGAAGAUUGGGUAUUUAACAUAUCUAGGACAAGAUACAAAUGAAGCACUAAAAAAGAAAAAUUGGUAUGAAGUACCACCAGAGGCAUCAAGAUUCUCAAGAUGUAGUGACAUAAAAGACACAUAUGACAAACUUGUUCUAAAGAAUCAGGAUGGUAAACCAAAAAAACGAGAAUUAGAUAUAAAAGAUGGUGAGGUAUGUUGGAGAGCUAAACAGAAAUUAGAUCCUAUGAAUUCCUUCAAAAAUCUUUGUUCACAAAAAUGUAAGACAGAAAAUGAGAAAAAUUUAAGUGAUUUGGCUGAGAUUAGUGACAAAAAUAUGUUCAAAGAACAUAUGAAAAUAAAAAAAAGCAAAAGGGAACUUGAUCAUAAAAAUAAAAUUCAAAAGCUAAGAGAGGCACGGCUUAAAAGGGAACAACACGAAAGAUACAGAACUGAAAUGUACUUAAAAAAACUAAGUGGGUCAGAAACACUAAGUAAUGAGCAACCAAAACAAAGUAAAAUAAAACCUAAAUAUAACUCACAAUUUAAUCCGGAACUUGCUCGGCAGAAUUAUUAUUAA